AUGCCCAUUCAACCGGAUUCCCAGACUGCUAUGGUUAUGAACGACAAGCGAAUGAGGGUAACCCAUCAGACGAAUAAGCCCGACUUCUAUACGUUCCUCAAAGAAGUUCACCGGAGGGAUUACAGCAGGGAAGCCGUGGAACAGCGCAAGCUCGACGAGGACUGCUUGCACCCGACUCCGUCAUUCGGCGAAUGGCUACGGCGUUUCUCUGCCAACGCCCGGUAG